UCCCUACCCCCUUCUUGAUCUCGCCGGGUUUUGUGCUGACCUAGAAAACUGGCCGAGUGUGGACACGCCCGCUACCCCACUUCUUGUUGUCACCCCGGGACUCUUGACAACAUUCUUCAUUUUCCCACUCUCGCAUUUUCUUUUGGAGAAGGUUGGAGGUCCCGGGAGGGCCAUCACCCGACUGGACCCUCCUUUAUUGUGUUUGGAGAUGUGUGUCCUACCUCGCAUCACACUCUGGGUUUGGCCUAUGCUCUAUGGGUUAGGGAUUAUCAAUGCAGAGAAAUCUGAGUUCAAUGAGGAUCAGGCUGCUUGUGGGAAGCUGUGCAUCCGGCGAUGUGAGUUUGGGACUGCAGAAGAUCAAGAGUGGCUGACGGUGUGCCCAGAGGCGUUCCUGACAGGUCAUUACUGGGCACUGUUUGAUGGACAUGGUGGACCUGCAGCAGCCAUUUUGGCUGCCAACACCUUGCAUUCCUGCCUGCGACGGCAGCUGGAGGCUGUGGUAGAAGGCAUGAUGGGCACUCAGCCCCCCAUGCAUCUCAGUGGUCGCUGUGUCUGCUCUAGUGACCCCCACUUUGUGGAGGAAAAGGGCAUUCGAGCAGAAGACUUGGUGAUUGGGGCCCUGGAGAGCGCCUUCCAGGAAUGUGAUGACGUGAUUGGGAGAGAGCUGGAGGCCUCAGGCCAGGUGGGUGGCUGUACAGCCCUGGUGGCUGUGUCCCUGCAGGGGAAGUUGUAUGUGGCCAAUGCUGGGGACAGCAGAGCCAUCUUGGUGCGGAGAGAUGAGAUACGGGUGCUGAGUUCUGAGUUCACCCCAGAAACAGAGCGGCAGCGGAUCCAGCAGCUGGCCUUUAUCUACCCUGAGCUUCUGGCUGGUGAGUUCACCCGACUGGAGUUUCCACGGCGGCUGAAGGGGGAUGACUUAGGGCAGAAGGUUUUGUUCAGGGAUCAUCACAUGAAUGGCUGGAGCUACAAACAGGUGGAGAAGUCUGAUCUCAAGUACCCACUGAUUCACGGACAGGGUAGGCAGGCUCGGUUACUAGGAACACUGGCUGUCUCCCGAGGCCUGGGAGAUCACCAGCUCAGAGUCCUGGACACCAACAUCCAGCUCAAGCCCUUCCUGCUGUCCAUCCCACAGGUGACUGUGCUGGAUGUGGACCAGCUGGCACUGGAAGAGGAGGAUGUGGUCGUCAUGGCAACUGAUGGGCUCUGGGAUGUCCUGUCCAAUGAGCAGGUGGCCCGGCUUGUGCGGAGCUUUCUCACUGGGAACCGAGAGGACCCACACAGGUUCUCAGAGUUGGCCAAAAUGCUGAUACACAACACACAGGGGAAGGACGAUGGUGCCACUGGAGAAGGGCAGGUGUCCUACGAUGAUGUCUCUGUGUUCGUGAUUCCAUUGCACAGCCAGGACCAAGGGAGUGGUGGCCACUGAGGACUCUAUAACCUCUUCUGGACCAGUGCAGUCUGGGCAUAUGUCCACUGUGGCCAAGAGUGGGCCCUGCCUGGUCUUUCCCCAGCCACAGCCCAUGCUCUUGCUUUCUGUCUUUAUCUGUUUCAAAGAGAACAUUGGGUGGAAAGCCUAGCCUACCAGGUCCCACCUUCUGCAAUGGUAACAGCCCUCUGGCAGAGGUACUUUACAACAUAUGGUAUCUGCUGGCUCCUCAGCAGCCUAAAGGGUUUAGGGGUGCUAAGAUGCUUUGGGGAGUAGGUAGCUAGCUCAUUUCUUCCAACCCAUGAAUGUCAGGGCAUCCAUUCAACCAUCCAUCCGCACAAAGUGCCUUCUGGAAACCUCUGGUUAAUCUUACAUCUGCUGGAUCAGUUCUCUUUUAACUUUUUUUUUUUUUUUAAAUGAUAGGGUCUCUAUUAUGUUGUUUUGGCUGUCCUGGAACUUGCUAUGUAGACCAGGCGGCCUUGAACUCAGAGAUCACCUGUCUCUGCCUCCUGCAUACUGGCUGGACUAGCAAUCUUGAAGACAGUUUCUGAGACCAGUUCAGAUCUUGCCCUGCUCUCUGCCCGUGGAGGGCACAGGUCCCAGAUAAAAGUUGGGAAAGCAAAACAGGGUAAGAGGCUUUCAGAGUUGGCAAGGCCUGGAGUCUGGAUGCUAAUCUGGUUGCUUUUCCCCAUUCCCAGGCUUGCCCUAUACCUAUGCCAACUGUGUUGUUCUCCAGAUCUUAUGCCAAAUACAUAUACUUCUUAGCUAGCCAGUUCUUGUUUCUAACCCUCCACUUUUAGUGGCCUAGCAUCCUUCCCACCCCCUCUGCUGUCCUCCUGCCCACUCUACCCUGCCCAGCCUCCAAGGAUUCCCUCACCUCUCCCCCAGCACUGACCACAUACAGCUUUCCCUGGAGGAACUCAGCCAGCCUCUGGCAUUAAAUGUUUGUAUAUAAAAGAGCCCUUGUGAAUCAUGAACCGCUCAGCUUUGGUCAACAUAUUUUGCCACUUCUGUGGCCUCUCAGUGGAUUCCUUUCAGUCCCACCAUGCAAGUGUGCAUGUAAUCAGGACUGUUUCCCAUGCUCCGCUCCCUCGUUGCUGCUAGGGAAUGAAAAGGCCUUUAAUACAACUGUGAACUCUGGAUUUUAGGCACCAAAAGGAAUCACUCCAGUUUUUAAAAAUUGUUUUGCAAGUUUGUGUAGCCUUGGCAGUUCUGAAACUGUAUUGUGGUCUCAAUUUUGUGAUUCUUUGGCUUCUGCCACUAGAGUGACAGGUUUCUUACUGUGUAGGGUAGGCUGGUUUGAAACUUACAGAGCCUAAGUUGGCCUUAGUCUAAAUACUGAGUUACAGGUGUGGACCAUUUCCAGACUCCUCACUUAUUCCUGGGUGACCUAGUGCUAUACAUUUUGAGUUAGUAAGGGCUUCACAUAGGCUGCUUGAUGAAACUUCUUCAUCUUCCCUUUAAUUAAGACUUGCCAGCCCAGCAUGGUGACUAUACAGAGAAACCUCGUUUUGAUAAACCAAACUAAAACCUGUCACCAUCUAGAACUUACCGAGGUUCAGAAGUAUCUGUUGAAAUACAGUAUUUAUUACAUGAAUUUUACCUGACUCACUCCUAAUACAAUCAAGGAGGCUUCAGGCAACACACAGCAGGAAAUUUAAAUCUAAGAUGAGGAAAUGGGGUCUGAGCAUCACAGGUAACUACACAAGCCUUCUAACUGCAAUCUAGAGCUGUGUGUUGAGGCCACAAUACAGGACAGAACACACUAUUUUCUACUGCCUGUGUAACAUACAGACCCCCAGCUGGCCCACUAAGCUCCAGACAGGUGCUAGCUAGAGUCACUGUUUAAGGCUGUUGAAUUUGGCUACUUCUUCAGCACAUCCCUUCACAGCCUCUCAGCAAAGUGCAGGCAACACCCUGUGCCUGCCUCUUGCCCACACCAACUGCUGAGCCAGCUCGCCCUCAUACCCUACUGCCUGUUUCCCUUGUUUACACACUAUGAGUGGGCACACCAAGCCUCUCUAUUGCAUGUUAGAGUAGUGGCUGCAGCAGGCUUUUCUUAUGCUGUGAUUUUUGUGUGCACAUGACAUGUGGAAAUCUAAGGACAUGGAAUCUAGGGACUGAACUCAGGUUGUCAUGCUUACGUGGCAAGCACUUUCAGCUGCUGAUCCACAGGCUUUGAGGGGUCUCUUAAGAGUAGACCAAGCUGGGUGUUGGUGGCGCACGCCUUUAAUCCCAGCACUCGGGAGGCAGAGACAGGCAGGUCUCUGUGAGUUCGAGGCCAGCCUGGUCUACAGAGCCGAUUCCAGGACAGCCUCCAAAACAAUACAGAGAAACCCUGUCUCGAAAAAAAACAAAAGAGUAGACCAAGCAGGAAAGCUGGUUCAAAUAAAGUCAUUUUCUUCCCAA